AUGGAGGAUUUGUCGAAAAGUAACAUGAAAUUUGGUAUUGACCUCUUAAAAACUGUGGCUUCUUCCAAAAAGAAUGAAAAUUUGUUCAUGUCACCAUUUAGUAUCCAAACAGUGAUGGCGAUGCUUCAUGUUGGUUCCAGGAAUAAUUCAAAGAAAGAAAUUGAAAAUGUUUUGCGUUUUGAGUCUGAUGAGAUUCAUGCAUCAUUUGGAAAAUAUUUAGAAAUGCUUCAUCAGAAAGACUCAACUUAUUCCUUAUCUGCCGCUAACAAAAUGUUCAUCCACAAUAAAUUCGAGUUUCUUGACAGCUACCUCGAUACUUUAAAGGCAACAUACAAAUCAACUGCUGAGAAAUGUGAUUUUGGUAGAAAUCCCGAAGGAGAGCGAGAAAAAAUAAACGCUUGGGUGGAAGGAGAAACCAAUUCUAAGAUAAAAGAUUUAAUCCCAUCUGGAGUUCUAAACGGUUUGACUGCUAUGGUUUUAGCGAAUGCUAUAUAUUUCAAAGGCGAUUGGGAGAACAAAUUCGAGGUUAGCGACACAAAGCUUAAAUUUGGGUUUUAUAAGGCAUUGAAUAGUGAAAUCUUGGAAUUGCCCUACGUCAAAAAAGAUUUAAGCAUGUUCUUUAUUUUACCACGAAAAGUUGAUGGAGUUUCUGCUUUGACGGAGCAGUUGACAGACGAGCAUCUGGUACAAUUGAUGAGAUCUGUGUAUCCAACAAAGGUUGAUGUCAUGAUUCCAAAAUUUUCAUUAGAAUCCGAUCUAGAUUUGAAAACCAUUUUGAUCGAUUUGGGCAUUAAAGAUACAUUUGAUAUGAAUAAGGCAGAUCUUUCAGGCAUCAAUGGGAACAAGGAUUUGUAUGUCUCCGAUGCAUUCCAUAAAGCCUUCGUCGAAGUGAACGAGGAGGGAACAGAGGCUGCAGCUGCUACAGCAGCAGUCAUUAUGACUAGGUCCAUACAAAUUCCAAGGGUUUUCAGAGCAGAUCACCCCUUCAUUUUCUUUAUUCACGAUAAUCGAACCAAUAUGGUUCUCUUUUGGGGACAAUUUUCUAAGCCGAAGGGUGAGAUUAAACCAACACGACAAGAACUGUAAAAUGUUGCUGAAUCAACAACAAUGAUAAUGCAGACAGAAGCUGUGUCAUAUAUUAUAUUUUGAAUAAUUCUACAAUAUUUAUAUAAUGUUCCGAAAAAAAAAUUGAGAAAAAGAGAACGUUUGACUC